CAUAAACACAAAUGUAAGAUGAUAGGGUUUUAGAGAGAAGUCCACAAGACUCACUUAGAAUUUCACAAAGAUCUUCUAUGCUAGAUAGAAAGCAGAGUGGCCGUUUCACAUUCAAGAAAACUCAAGAGGAAGAACAACAAACUCAAAUUCAGAGCAAUAGAAAUCGAAUCAAACAGCAGUUAAAAUGUAUAAGUUAACUGAUUUUGAUUUUAAGGCUAAUUGAAUGCCAUAAUUAAUAAGCCAAUACAGCCAUUAUAAAUGAGAGAGGAACAGUUGAUUGAAUUAGGUAAGAAAUUAGAUGUAGAAAUUACUUCAAUUGAUGUUGAAAAUAUUAUUCCAAAUACAAAGGAGUUUUUUGAAGAUUAUGAAAUUCACGAGAGAUUGGGAGAGGGAUGUUUGGGAUUGGUGAAACGAAUAGUCUAAAAAAAUACAGGCUUGGAAUUUGCUGUGAAGAUAGUUGCUACUUAGGACGAUGAAAUUAUACGGAAUGUAAAAAGACAAUAAUAAUAUCUUUUAAGAUGAUCAUAGAAUUUAAGAGAUUGGUUCAAUUAUCACAUGAUAAUAUAGUUAAAGCCUACAAAAUGUACUUGGAUUUUGAUACAGGAUUUUAAUCUGAAAGUUAGGCCUUCGUGGUUAUGGAGUUGAUUCAUGGCAAAGAGAUGUUUGAAGUUAUAAGCGAAGCGGGACAUUAUAGUGAGGAUGAUGCAAAAGAGCUUUUCAAGUAAUUGCUUAGUGCCAUAGAGUAUAUGCAUCGUCAUGGCAUUUGUCAUAGAGAUCUCAAGCCCAACAAUAUCUUGUGUCUUUAAGGUAAUGCAUUCAGAAUGAUCUGUUUAUUUAGAUAGAAAGCAAAUCAAGGUUACAGAUUUCAACGUUAGUAAAUUCAGUGACUCAUAUAAAUUGUUUGGGGAUCUGCAAGAUACCGAAAAAAUAGAGAUGUGGACAUAUACUGGCACUGUGGCUUUUUCAGCACCGGAAAUAUUCACUGGAGAAGGUUAUAAGUAAUAAAUACUUUAAUGAUAUUUUGAAAGUUAAAUGGUUGAUAUGUGGAGUGCAGGUUGUAUUCUUUAUUCAAUGCUUUCUGGAUAGUUGCCAUUUAAUGCAGAUUAGUAAUCAAAUUCACCAUUAUCCAAGUUUGAACGACCUUGUAGAAAAUAUUAAACUAGCCAAGUAUGAUUUUCCAGAAGAAAUCUUUUCAGAAGUCUCUGCUGAAGCCAAAGAUCUAAUUUAACUAUUAUUAAAGAAGGAUCCAUAAGAAAGACCACAUCCGGAUCAUGCAUUAGGGCAUUCUUGGUUUAGAGGAAAUGUAGUCAGGAAAACUUUAAGACAUUUGACUAUUAAUAAAAAUAUAAACCAUCUUGCAUCAAGAAACUCAAAUAGGUAGAGAUAGAGGACGUUCCUAUUGAAAAAAGACUGCUACACAGGAUCAAGUGAUGGGGAAGANGAUAGAAAGCAGAGUGGCCGUUUCACAUUCAAGAAAACUCAAGAGGAAGAACAACAAACUCAAAUUCAGAGCAAUAGAAAUCGAAUCAAACAGCAGUUAAAAUGUAUAAGUUAACUGAUUUUGAUUUUAAGGCUAAUUGAAUGCCAUAAUUAAUAAGCCAAUACAGCCAUUAUAAAUGAGAGAGGAACAGUUGAUUGAAUUAGGUAAGAAAUUAGAUGUAGAAAUUACUUCAAUUGAUGUUGAAAAUAUUAUUCCAAAUACAAAGGAGUUUUUUGAAGAUUAUGAAAUUCACGAGAGAUUGGGAGAGGGAUGUUUGGGAUUGGUGAAACGAAUAGUCUAAAAAAAUACAGGCUUGGAAUUUGCUGUGAAGAUAGUUGCUACUUAGGACGAUGAAAUUAUACGGAAUGUAAAAAGACAAUAAUAAUAUCUUUUAAGAUGAUCAUAGAAUUUAAGAGAUUGGUUCAAUUAUCACAUGAUAAUAUAGUUAAAGCCUACAAAAUGUACUUGGAUUUUGAUACAGGAUUUUAAUCUGAAAGUUAGGCCUUCGUGGUUAUGGAGUUGAUUCAUGGCAAAGAGAUGUUUGAAGUUAUAAGCGAAGCGGGACAUUAUAGUGAGGAUGAUGCAAAAGAGCUUUUCAAGUAAUUGCUUAGUGCCAUAGAGUAUAUGCAUCGUCAUGGCAUUUGUCAUAGAGAUCUCAAGCCCAACAAUAUCUUGUGUCUUUAAGGUAAUGCAUUCAGAAUGAUCUGUUUAUUUAGAUAGAAAGCAAAUCAAGGUUACAGAUUUCAACGUUAGUAAAUUCAGUGACUCAUAUAAAUUGUUUGGGGAUCUGCAAGAUACCGAAAAAAUAGAGAUGUGGACAUAUACUGGCACUGUGGCUUUUUCAGCACCGGAAAUAUUCACUGGAGAAGGUUAUAAGUAAUAAAUACUUUAAUGAUAUUUUGAAAGUUAAAUGGUUGAUAUGUGGAGUGCAGGUUGUAUUCUUUAUUCAAUGCUUUCUGGAUAGUUGCCAUUUAAUGCAGAUUAGUAAUCAAAUUCACCAUUAUCCAAGUUUGAACGACCUUGUAGAAAAUAUUAAACUAGCCAAGUAUGAUUUUCCAGAAGAAAUCUUUUCAGAAGUCUCUGCUGAAGCCAAAGAUCUAAUUUAACUAUUAUUAAAGAAGGAUCCAUAAGAAAGACCACAUCCGGAUCAUGCAUUAGGGCAUUCUUGGUUUAGAGGAAAUGUAGUCAGGAAAACUUUAAGACAUUUGACUAUUAAUAAAAAUAUAAACCAUCUUGCAUCAAGAAACUCAAAUAGGUAGAGAUAGAGGACGUUCCUAUUGAAAAAAGACUGCUACACAGGAUCAAGUGAUGGGGAAGAUUAUUAUGAUGUUAAAAUUAAGUCCACAAUAAGAAAGAGUUUAUUUUGCGCUAUUAAGCCCACACAAGAAUAACAGGUUGAUACGAACCACCUCAAGGUAACGAGCGGGUUGCUUCGUAAGUCUAAUACAACUUAGAUAGAAGAUUUUAAAUAUUAUGAUUAAUAGUGA